UUAAUCCUUUGUCCUUUGUUUCAUUUGCAAAUAUUUCCUCCCAUCCUGAGGGUUGUCUUUUUGUCUUGUUUAUGGUUUCCUUUGCUGUGCAAAAGCUUUUAAGUUUCAUUCGGUCCCAUUUCUUUAUUUUUGUUUUUAUUUCCGUUACCCCAGGAGGUGGGUCAAAAAGGAUCUUGCUGGCUUUGCAGACGCUGCCACCCCAGAACCUCCCGCGCUGCCCAACCAUGGUCAACCCUACUGUGUUCUUUGACAUCGCCGUCAACGGCGAGCCCUUGGGCCGCGUCUCCUUCGAGGUAAGGGACCUGGAAACCAAGAAGUGACUGCUCAUCCAAUCCAGAAAGCUACGUUAACAGAUUGGAGCUGUUUGCAGACAAAGUUCCAAAGACAGUAGAAAACUUUCGUGCUCUGAGCACUGGGGAGAAAGGCUUUGGUUAUAAAGGUUCCUGCUUUCACAGAAUAAUUCCGGCAUUUAUGUGCCAGGGUGGUGACUUCACAUGCCAUAAUGGCACUGGUGGCAAGUCCAUCUACGGGGAGAAAUUUGAUGACGAGAAUUUCCUCCUGAAGCAUACGGGUCCUGGCAUCUUGUCCAUGGCAAAUGCUGGCCCCAACACAAAUGGUUCCCAGUUUUUCAUCUGCACUGCCAAGACUGAGUGGUUGGAUGGCAAGCAUGUGGUCUCUGGCAAGGUGAAAGAGGGCACGAAUGCUGUGGAAGCCAUGGAGCGCUUGGCGUCCAGGAAUGGCAAGACCAGCAAGAAGAUCACCAUUGCUGACUGUGGACAAAUCUAAUAAUAAGUUUGACUUGUGUUUUAUCUUAAAAAAAAAAAAAAAAAAAAGAA